CGGGCGGCAGGCGGGGCUGGCCGGGCGGCCGGGCCAUGCAGGGCGCAGAGCCGGCAAAGCUCUGCUGAGACUCGGCUCUGCGCGCCCAGGGGCGGCUGAUGCCCCCAGCGUUCCCCACUCCGCUGCCGCAGCCAGGCCGCAUCUGGACGGGGCACCGCGCGGCGGGGCCGACGCUGGGCCGCAAUGCUGCUCGGGGCGUCUCUGGUGGGGGUGUUGCUGUUCUCCAAGCUGGUGCUGAAAUUGCCUUGGACUCAAGUGGGGUUCUCCCUGCUGUUCCUCUACCUGGGAUCUGGAGGCUGGCGCUUUGUCCGAAUCUUCAUCAAGACCAUAAGGCGUGAUGUCUUCGGCGGCAUAGUGCUCCUGAAGGUGAAGGCAAAGGUCCGGCGGUACCUGCAGGAGCGGCGGACAGUGCCCAUUUUGUUUGCCUCCACGGUCCGGCGCCACCCUGACAAAACAGCCUUGAUCUUUGAGGGCACAGACACACAUUGGACCUUCCGCCAGCUGGAUGACUACUCAAGCAGCGUGGCCAACUUCCUACAGGCUCAGGGCCUGGCCUCGGGCGACGUGGCUGCCCUCUUCAUGGAGAACUGCAAUGAGUUCGUGGGCCUAUGGCUGGGCAUGGCCAAGCUGGGUGUGGAGGCAGCACUCAUCAACACCAACCUGCGGCGGGACGCCCUGCGCCACUGCCUGACCACUUCCCAGGCCAAGGUCCUCAUCUUUGGCAGUGAGAUGGCUCCAGCCAUCUUUGAAAUCCAUGCCAGCCUGGACCCUUCGCUCAGCCUCUUCUGCUCCGGCCCCUGGGAGCCCGGCACGGUGCCCGUCGGCACAGAGCACCUGGACCCCCUGCUGGAAGAUGCCCCCAAGCACCUGCCCAGUAGCCCUGACAAGGGCUUCACAGAUAAGCUCUUCUACAUCUACACAUCAGGCACCACAGGGAUGCCCAAAGCCGCCAUUGUGGUGCACAGCAGGUAUUACCGCAUGGCUGCCCUGGUGUACUACGGAUUCCGAAUGCGGCCGGACGACGUUGUCUAUGACUGCCUGCCCCUCUACCACUCAGCAGGAAACAUUGUGGGAAUCGGGCAGUGCCUGCUCCAUGGCAUGACGGUGGUGAUCCGGAAGAAGUUCUCAGCCUCCCGGUUCUGGGACGAUUGUAUUAAGUACAACUGCACAAUUGUGCAGUACAUCGGCGAGUUGUGCCGGUACCUCCUGAACCAGCCGCCCCGGGAGGCGGAGCACCAGCACCAGGUGCGCAUGGCACUCGGCAACGGCCUCCGCCAGUCCAUCUGGACCGACUUUUCUAGCCGCUUCCACAUCCCCCAGGUGGCCGAGUUCUACGGGGCCACCGAGUGUAACUGCAGUGUGGGCAACUUCGACAGCCAGGUGGGGGCAUGUGGCUUCAACAGCCGCAUCCUGUCCUUUGUGUACCCCAUCCGGCUGGUGCGAGUCAACGAGGACACCAUGGAACUGAUCCGGGGGCCCAAUGGCCUCUGCCUUCCCUGCCAGCCAGGUGAGCCAGGCCAGCUAGUGGGCCGCAUCAUCCAGCAGGAUCCCCUGCGGCGCUUUGACGGCUACCUCAACCAGGGUGCCAACAAUAAGAAGAUUGCCAAGGACGUCUUCCAAAAGGGAGACCAGGCCUACCUCACCGGUGACGUGCUGGUGAUGGACGAGCUGGGCUAUCUGUACUUCCGAGACCGCACGGGAGACACGUUCCGCUGGAAAGGCGAGAAUGUGUCCACCACCGAGGUAGAGGGCACACUCAGCCGCCUGCUGGACAUGGCCGACGUGGCAGUGUAUGGUGUCGGGGUGCCAGGAACCGAGGGCCGGGCUGGAAUGGCUGCGGUGGCCAACCCUGCUGGCAGCUGUGACCUGGAGCAUUUUGCACAGCUGCUGGAGAAGGAGCUGCCCCUGUAUGCCCGCCCCAUCUUCCUGCGCUUCCUGCCUGAGCUGCACAAAACGGGGACCUUCAAGCUACAGAAGACAGAGCUGCGGAAGGAAGGCUUUGACCCAUCAGUUGUGAGAGACCCACUGUUCUACUUGGAUACCCGGAAGGGCCGCUACAUCCCGCUGGACCAAGAGGCCUACGCCCGCAUCCAGGCAGGCGAGGAGAAGCUGUGAUUUGCCCCUGAGUCCCUCUAAGGGCCAGUGGGUGCAGGAUCCAGAGCCCCAGCUCCCACCCCAGAGGGGUCAUGGGCGAUGCCAGACCAAAGCAAGCAGGGCCCAGCACCUCCGCCCCGAGGUGCUGACCCCCUCCCCAUCAAAACUGCCAAGUGACUCACUGCCACCUCCCCCUGCCCCCCCAAGAGGGCUUUCUGUGAAAGCCUCAUGUCCGCAUUACGUCUUCGAGGCCAGGUGGGGCCUCUAGGCCCCAGGCUAAGAUGGACUGGGUGCCUCAGGAGGACGUCUUGGGUCAGGGCAGGGCCAGGUGGAGGGUCGCCAAGCACUCCCCCAAAAGCCGGGAGCUUGUAAAUGGGACCAGGGCAGAAGCCCCCAGACUCAGGAAGCCAGCAGAGUGGGCAGGGGCUGCAGUGGCUGUUGAUCAGGUGGCCGAAGAGGAUCCUAGCCCUGGAGCUGUUCCAGUGUCGCUCAGCACUGCCUGCGCCUCAGGGAGGGUAGGAGGACCACCCUGACCUGCAGCAGGCAGUCUGGACUGAGCCCCCCGCCCCGCCCCGCCACCAUCCUUCUCCUCGGUGGCUGCCUGGCUGCCCCUCAGGUGGGACCUUUCUCUUUGUAGGUCUGUCUGUGUCACUUUCUCCAUCUCAGUCCUGGGCCGGUUAUGAGAGGAGCAGGGGUAGAGGGGGUCACUCAGGGGCCAAUAAACUGCCUUGACUCCCCCUA